AUGGGCAAGCCCAAAACCCCGCGCCGGAGUCUCGACUCCUACUCUGUCAAGCACAUCAACAAAACCGUUAAACCCGGCGACUGCGUGAUGAUGCGCCCGGCGGACAACUCCACGUCGUCCUACGUGGCGAAGAUCGAGCGGAUCGAGUCCGAUAGCCGAGGCGCCAACGUGAAGGUGCAUGUGAGGUGGUACUACCGGCCGGAGGAGUCAAUUGGUGGACGCCGGCAGUUCCAUGGCUCCAAGGAAGUGUUUCUCUCCGAUCACCGUGAUAUCCAGAGCGCGGAUUCGAUUGAAGGCAAGUGUACGGUCCACAGCUUCAAGAGCUACGGGAAGCUCGAGUCUGUUGGGGAUGAGGACUUCUUCUGUCGGUUCGAGUAUAAUUCCAUCACCGGAGCCUUCAAUCCCGAUAGAGUCGCCGUGUAUUGUAAAUGCGAGAUGCCAUACAACCCCGAUGACCUAAUGGUGCAGUGUGAAGGCUGCAGCGACUGGUUUCAUCCUGCUUGUAUAGAAAUGACGGCAGAGGAAGCUAAAAGGCUCGACCACUUCUACUGUGAGACCUGCUCAUCCCAAGUCCAAAAGAAGUUGCAGAACUCCCAUGCUACUGAUGCUACUACUGCUGCUACUACCUCACCAAAACAAUCAGAUACGAAGGCGGGACCAAAGAGGCGUCGAAGAUGA